AUUUCUACUGUGAAUAAAGAUUGGUUGUAGGCUGAUUGAAAAUAGAGCAUUACGGUUAAGAGUUGUUCGGCACACCAGACCCAUACUUGCUACCCUUUGAUUUCUUAAAGCUUUUUUCUUUGAUUCAAUGUCUUGUCUCGUCCGUGACAGAUGUGGGAUAGCCUUUUUUUUUUUUUUUGCUUUUUGACAAAUGGCAGCUUCCAUCUGGAGACAAGACACUAGUAAGGGUCGAAUUUUGAUCUUUCCCUUUCCCUCUUUUUGCACUUUAGUUCCCAAGUAUUUUACCUUCCCUUACCUCUUUACCCUUAUCACCUGUAUUCUGUUUCCCUCUUUUUCUCCUUUGUAGAUUUUACAACUGUUAGAAUAGUAUACUUUUGCAAGCAUCCUAAGCUAGGUGUUUAACUUAAGUAAAAUUGGGAAUGUGUUGUUGAACUGAAUACAAUCUCCAAAUCUUCUUCACCGGGGAAACACAGGAAACAGAAACAGACUUUUUAAGAGCCUAAGAAAAACGAAAAUGGUGAGUGGGGCAGCCUCAGCAUGCUAUUCUGACAAAGAGAGAGAGAGAGAGGGACCAAUGUGAAUAAAAUCAAUACACUGCAAACUUAUGGACCUUAAACUCAAUAGGCCAGAUAGGCGAUUCCUCUGUCUCUGACUCUGCUUCUAUCUUGUUUUCCUCCCCUAAUUAUACACUGCAAACAGCUCUGUUUACUUAAAGUUGAGAUAGUACAACGUCAGUCUUUUUUUCUCAUCUUAUACCUUGAUAAGCUAAGCUCCCUUCAUCAUUAUAUCAACUUCACUUCUGGUAAGAAACAGCCUCUUUCUUUUCUCUGUGAACCUCUGCAUUGCUCUCUGAAAUAAAUAACAGCUUUUCCUUUAAUUUAGUGCUGAAUUAUUAUCAAGUCUGCUUGUGUUGUGUUUGGUUUCCUUCAAAUCAGUGCCAUACUUUUGUUCUCUACCCAUUUCUUAUCUUUUAUUAGCAGAUCCACCUUCGGUUCUAAAUACUUUUGCUUCAAUGAAUGUGUAGCCUGAGACUCAAAAUCAGCUCAAGAUUUACAAGAAGAAUCCAUGGGCUUCAAGAGGAGCAAUUCCCACUGCUUCAGCUUUCUCCUCCUUGUUUUCCUUAUGGUUCCUACACUAGCUCUCAACACUGAUGGGGUCCUCUUGCUUUCUUUCAAACAUGCCAUCCUCAGUGACCCAUUGUCAGUCUUGCAAAGCUGGAACCGUGAUGAUAAAACGCCAUGCGCAUGGACAGGAGUAACCUGCACUGAAAUUGGGCUUCCAGGAACACCAGAUAGGUUAAGGGUGACCAGCUUGGUUCUCCCUAAUAGCCAUCUUCAUGGUUCAAUAUCGGAAGACCUUGGCCAUAUUCAACACCUUCGCCACUUGGAUCUAUCAAGCAACAAUUUUAAUGGAAUUUUGCCAAGCUCCAUCUUUAACUCAACUGAGCUUCAGGUACUCUCUUUGUCCGCUAAUCUCAUCUCUGGUUCGUUGCCCGAAACUAUUGGUGCCCUGGCUAGUCUUCAGCUUUUGAAUCUCUCUCAUAAUGCCUUGGCUGGGAAGGUACCUGAAAAUUUGACAGCUUUGCAGAACUUAAGUGUUGUGUCUUUAAAGGGCAACUAUUUGUCAGGUAAUAUACCUAGCGGUUUCGAUUCAGUUGAGGUUCUGGAUCUGUCAUCGAAUCUUCUUAACGGGUCUCUCCCUUUGGAUCUUGGUGGUGUUCAUUUAAAUUAUUUGAACUUGUCUUACAACAAGAUUUCAGGGUCAAUAUCACCAGAGUUUGCAAAGAAACUUCCUCAGAAUGCCACCAUUGAUCUUUCAUUCAAUAAUUUAAGUGGGGCAAUUCCAGAGUCUGUAGCUUUGCUUAAUCAGAAAAUGGAGUUCUUUUCAGGUAAUAUUGAUCUAUGUGGGAAGCCAUUGAAAACCCUUUGCGCAGUUCCUUCAACACUUUCUACUCCUCCAAAUAUGUCCCAAUCCAUAUCACCAGCAAUUGCAGUGAUACCAAAUACAGUAGUCUCAACCCCAGUAACAAGCUCAUCACCGAACAACAUUCAAAACCAAGCACGAGGCAGUCUAAAACCAGGCACCAUAGCAGCCAUAGCUGUUGCAGACUUAGCUGGUAUAUCCAUUCUCGGCAUGAUCAUUCUUUACGUUUAUCAACUCAAGAAGCGAAAAGAUCAUCUCGACGAUCCAAGCACCGCAGCAACAAGCUGCAACGUCUUAAAACAACCGAAAGUCAUUGUCUCGAAAACAAAUGUGGAAUUAAGAACAAAAAUGCCACCAUCACCACCAUCAUCAUCAUCAUCAUCACCAUCAUGUUCAUGUUCAUGUUCAUGCAUGAAGUUAAAACUGAUAGAGGCAUCGGAGACUAACAGUUCUGAUAGUGACCUGGAAGAGAAAAACCAAGUCAUAAACGUAAACCAAAGACCAGGGAAGCUGGUGACAGUGGAUGGGGAAACAGAGCUGGAGUUAGAGACAUUGUUGAAGGCAUCGGCUUAUAUAUUGGGGACGAGUGGGUGGAGCAUUGUUUACAAGGCAGUGCUGGAGAAUGGGACUGCAUUCGCAGUAAGAAGGAUAGGGGAGAGUUCAGUGGAGAGGUUGAAGGAUUUUGAAAGCCGUGUUAGGAUGAUAGCCAAGUUGAGGCACCCAAACUUGGUAAAGAUUCGAGGGUUUUACUGGGGAGAUACUGAGAAGCUUGUUAUCUAUGACUACGUCUCCAAUGGCAGCCUCGCCUGCACCACAACCGCUUACAGAAGAUCAGGCUCAUCAUCGGUUUGGCAUUUACCUCUUGAAGCCCGUCUUAAAAUAGCAAGAGGAGUGGCUCGGGGACUGGCCUACAUUCAUGAAAAGAAACAAGUUCAUGGCAAUAUCAAACCAACCAACAUCCUUUUGGAUUCCAAUAUGGAGCCCAUAAUAAGUGAUCUGGGUCUAGACCGCCUUCUCUCUCGCAACGGCGCUACCUACAAACCAAACAAUUCUUCAUCAAUCAGGUUUUUAAGCAGCCAACGGUCCACAGCUUCUCGUGAUGCUCCAUCUGACCACCCCACAACCCCAACCAAUCCUAGCCCCCAUGCGGCUGCCACUUGUUCCACGCCCUAUCAAGCACUAGAAUCAUUGAAGAACCUCAAACCAAAUCCCAAAUGGGAUGUCUACUCAUUUGGCAUGAUUUUGCUUGAGCUCCUCAGUGGGAGGGUGUUGUCGACGGGAGAGCUGGAGCAAUGGGCGGUGGCAGCUGCUUCAAUCGAGGAAGAAAAGAACCGGGCGGUUCGUUUGGGUGACAUGGCGAUAAAAGGUGACAUGGAAGGCAAGGAAGAAGCCAUUCUAACAUUUUUCAGGUUAGGGUUUAGUUGCGUAUCAGUUGUGCCACAGAAGAGACCGUCCAUGAAGGAAGCAGUUCAAAUCCUAGAGAAAAUCACUUGGUGCUGAUAAAAUGGUGCAACAGCUUCAGGCUGCUUUCGACUCUUUAUUAAACCCUUUUGUUGACUUAAAAUGCUUUGGGCAUAAGGAGACCAGAUAGAUAUUUUGUUGAAUGUUGAUAGUAGUCAAUGCAAGAACAAAUGUACUUGUUUAACCCAUUAAUCUAAUGCAUAACCACCACAUACUACUACUA